AGGAAUGGAUUACGACCAGGCAGAUCACGUAAAGUGUCCCAUUCAAUUCAUCUAGACAAAAAUAUCAUUGCUAUGUUUGUGUCAGCAGACCUUCCUUAAGCCACAGAGAGGAAUGUGCUUUAAUGAGUCUCUCCCCUGCAGCUCAGAUCAUACGGUGCACCUUACAAUAGGCUACCAUUAUAUUCAGUGGAACAUCCAUUAUAAGUCGUCCAUUCAAACAUUGUUGUACAGCAUCGUCCCAAAAAUGGACUUCGAUAAGGAUAUGGCACAACCAAAGAAAAAAGAAAAGAGAUAAAAUCCUCCUCCCAUGAUUUAAGUUUCCUGUUGAGAGCAAGCUCUUUACAUGAAGGAUAGGAUACUCUGCGCACGACAAACAAAAUUGGACUUUGAGCAAAACAUCGGCGACAAAAUGCCAACAAAAUUUGAGGAUGAAUAUCAACCUCUCCUUAUUAAAGAAACCAAAGAUAAACUACCUAAGCUUCCCAACAAAUCCCUUCUGCUGGCUGCCUGUGCUGCGUGUAUAGGGGGAACCUUUCAGUAUGGAUACAACGUAUCCGUCAUCAAUGCUCCCACACUGCAUGUGCAGAAUUUCAUCAACCAAACCUGGAGGGAGCGUUACCAAACUAACAUCUCAGUCGAUGCUCUCACCCUGCUCUGGUCCACUAUUGUGUCCAUAUUCACCGUAGGAGGACUUGUAGGAGUGACGGUCGGUGGGACGUUGUCUGUGAAGCUCGGGAGGAAGGGGACUCUGUUGGUCAAUAAUAUAUUUGCAUUAACGGCUGCUCUGCUGAUGGGUCUGAGUUACCCCACUGGACUUUUUGAAUUACUCGUCGUUGGACGUUUUUUCACUGGAGUGAAUGCAGGCAUUGGCCUUUGUGUUCAACCUCUGUAUUUGGGAGAAAUAGCUCCAACUGCCUUUCGUGGUGCCAUGGGAAUGGGAACUUCUAUUUCCAUAACUGUUGGCAUCUUAUCUGGACAAGUGAUCGGCCUGAAAGAGAUCCUGGGGAGAGAAGAGCACUGGCCCAUCCUGCUCUCCACCACGUGUGUCCCGGCCUUCCUGCAGCUUCUCACCCUGCCGUGGUUCCCAGAGAGCCCGCGCUACCUGCUCAUUGACAAAGGGGAUGAUAAGGGGUGUAAGAAAGCCCUGAAGCAACUGCACGGUUUAGCCGGCUGUGAUGGGGAACGGGACGAUAUUGAGAAGGAGAGGAAUAAUUUACGGGAUUUCCAAGCCAAGAAACCCUGGGAGCUCUUCACUGAUCGUAGUGUCCGCUGGCAGCUUCUCACAAUCAUGCUGCUCAACGCUGCACAACAGCUGAACGGCAUCAAUGCUAUUUACUUCUACGCGGAAUACCUGUUUACACAAUCAGGUAUUCCUGCUGAUAAAAUACCAUAUGUGACCGUUGGCACUGGGGCCUGUGAAUGCGUCACGGCUUUAACGUGUGGUUUACUCAUUGACCGUCUGGGGAGGAAGGUGCUCAUCACGGGAGGAUACGUACUGAUGAGUAUCUGCUGCAUUUUAUUCACGUUGACGCUCUCUUUCCAAGAUGCUAGUCCAGUAGUACCAUACUUCAGCAUGGCGUGUUUAUUUGCUUUCAUCCUGAGUUUUGGAUUAGGACCAGGUGGCGUGACGAACAUUUUGACCACUGAGCUGUUCACACAAACCGCACGGCCGGCCGCUUACAUGAUCGCUGGAUCAUUGAACUGGUUGAGCUUCUUCCUCAUCGGCCUGGUCUUCCCUUUUGUUGUGAUCGGGCUGCAGCAGUACUGUUUCCUGGUGUUCCUGGCGGUCUGCUCCUUAACAGCAACGUACAUUUUCUUUGUCAUUCCUGAAACCAAGAACAAAACCUUUGUCGAAAUCCAGAAUGACUUCAAGUCGUUGAGGCACAGAAAGGCCCACAAUGGUGACGGAGCAGAGCCGACACUGUUCUGAAAUAUCACCAGUGACUCAGGGGUUUCUUAAGCCUCAUGCUAUUAAUGUCACGAGUAACUGCCAGGAGGAUUUAGGAUAAUGCUUUUUGAUGGUACUAUAAAUUAUAGUGACUUAUUUCACAGUUACUGGGAAGUCAUUAUUACGUGCCUUUAAUUAACUUAUCAAUAUAUACGUUAAAGUCAUCCUCAUAUUUUUGGUAUCAUUUGCUUUGUAUUACUUUCAGAAAAGUAGCUGUAUUAAGAUUUUUUUCAAUAAAAAUCUUUUUCAAUCAGAGUAAACAAUCUCAAAAUGUACAUUCUCAUUCUCAGUCAUUAAGGGCUUCUGAUAUCUCCUUUUUCAGACCUGAGUCUGACAUGUGAUCUGCAGAACAAAAGGUUCAUUGAAUAGUCUGUCAUGUGUGAAUUUACAGGGGUGGAAAAGAACUGGUAGCAAUUGGACUCAACUGUACUACUAUCUUAAUUUUACAGCAACACUAUAAAUGUAGCCUGCUUCAUCAUUGUUGCCUGUUUCAAAAGUAAAUCCACACAGCAAAGGACGCUACUUAUCACAAUAAUCCUACCAAGUACUUUUCUAGAGAGCGGCUCAAAUUCCCAAUUCGUAUAAAACGUUUAUAAUGAAUUAUGGUAGCCAUGAGCAAAGCAGGUUCAGAAUAGAUUUAUUUCUUUUAAUAAAAUUCCUUUCUUUGGCUGCUAGAAUAAAAUCCCUACUUGAA